AUGCUUCUCGUACUGCUCGUGUUGGUGUUGCUCUCGUCGCCGACGACAACAGCAGCGCUCAACGCCACGAUCUGCGAGUCGCUCGCCUUUGCAAAUGCACCUGUCGUCUCCAUGGGCCGCACGCCCAUGGGCCUCAAGAGCCUCGUGCAAGGCGACGCCGUCUGCUUCCAAGUGACACUCAACGACAUGUCGGCCACGUGGGUCUCGAUUGCGAUCUCACCAACCGCCAAGAUGGUCAACGAUCCCGUUAACAACGUGGUCAUCUACGACGUGACGCGGCCACCCGCUUUGCUCUACACGAUGCGCAGCUAUGCAAAGCACGACACACUACCACUGGCCGACCAGUCGCCGCUCCUCGUGUCGCAGUCGAGCAGCGUCAACGGCGUCAUCACGCUGACGUUCCAGCGCAAGCUCGCGGCAGUGAUCAGUUCGGACGUGGCUAUUGACCCGACCGGCGUCACGACUCUUACGUGGGCGUACGGCACCGACACGUUUCCGUCGACGCACCAGGCCUGCGGCGCGCUCGAGCUCACGCUCAACUCGGUCAACAACACUGACGGUCCGCUUCAGACGCUGUACACGGGUGCGAUUGCCGCUGGUGUCCUCGGCACCAUGCUGCUGCUCGGCCUGAUUGCGACGCACUGUGGCCGCUUCCGCCUCGUCAACUACACGGCGCUGUGCGCACCGCCAGCGUCCGAAACGAGUCUGUUGGCGCCAUUCGUCCAAACCCUCGCCGACCUCAAGAUUGGCGAAGUCGUUAUCGUGCUGCUCUUUCUCAGUGCGCUCGUCGGCGUUAGUCUCUACCUCCAGACGCCAACGCCGAUCCUCAAUUACGCUAAUUUUGCGUUCGUCUCGGGCCACCUCGCGCUCGUCAGUCUCGUGUUUGCGCUCCUCCCGAUCGCGCGCGGACCGCACUGGCACUUCCUCUUUGGCAUCUCGCACGACCGCAUUCUCAAGUUUCACCGGGGUUGCUCGCGCGUCUUUGUUGUCUUUGGCUUGCUUCACUUGAUCUUGAAUCUCAAGUUUACGAGUCCCGUUAGCACCCAAGUGUACGGCCAGACCCAAGUCAUUCCACUCGCGGGUUUGAUCGCGCUCGGGUGCUUUCUGACUCUUGUGCUCGGCGGGUACGAGCCGAUCCGCCGCCGCUUCUACGCGCUUUUCCAGCUGCACCACCGCGUCUUCUCGCUUCUUGGGCUCGUCGCACUCCUUCUGCACAGCACGGUCGUGCGGUACAUGCUGCUGCUGCCACUGAUCGUGUACGGUCUCUCGGGCGUCCUCCGGCUGCGCGCCUUUUGCCAGACGUUUGAUGCUCGCGUCGAUGUGGCGUUGGAGAAGGUGGUGACGCUGGUGCUCCCUCCCUCCGACAAGACCAAGCGCUGGGCGGCGACCAUGAACCCGGCCUCGUUCUUCUACGUCCAAGUGCCCAGCGUCUCGGGGCUCGAGUGGCAUCCGUUCUCGGCCAUCGUGACGCCGGAUGGCAACUCGAUCGGUUUUUGCCUCAAGGUCAGGACCAAAAACCGCUUCGUCGACGACGUGUACCAGCGUGCGCUUUCGCUGCGUGCAAUGACGCUGCCAAUCGCAGUCGGUGGGCCGUACGGCAAGCUGUCGCUGGACCUCGGUCGAUACGACGUCGUCCUUAUGGUAUCUGGCGGCAUUGGCGUGACCCCGAUGCUGAGCCUUGUCAACCAGUCUCGGCACGUCGAUCUCAAAGUCGGGAGCAAGCUGCAUUUAUUUUGGAGUGUGCGCGAGGCGAGCGAACUCUUGUGCGCCGAUCGCCUCAUGUUUCCGUUGCCCGAGUCGCUGCACCACCGCUUCUAUGUGACCAAAGCCAGCGACGAAGGUCAAGUCAUGAGCGAGUCGUCGGGCCCGGUCGUGUACUACCCUGGACGCAUGCUGCUCGAUGAGAUUGUCAACAACAUCGCGUACGUUGGCAAAGCAGUGUGCGUCCUUGCGUGUGGGCCGCCGGGCCUUGUCGCUGACACGCAGCGCCACGCGCGCCAGUGCGGCUUUGACUUUCACAAGGAAGAGUUUAUGUUUUAA